AUGUCAGACCCUCAAGAAACGGCCCGGCCGUCGACCGAAGAUCAAGUCUCCGAACUGCCUUCUCAAGAUCAAAUAUUCGCCAAGGACAGCAGCGCAAACGCCGCCUUCCCCAAGCGAGUCCCCUCUCUACGGUCUGUCUCGGACCCCCCGGGCCGCAACCCCAACUCGACGGCGCGCGGUCUUCUCGACGAUGCUCGAAACCCUGCGCGAAUCGGCGCUCCUGCUGGCGGCCCCCUCGCUGGACGAAUGGGCGCGCUCAAUGCCGAUGUCUUGGCCAAGGCCCGGCGUCUGGCGCAGGACCGCAUGAAGCUGGGCGGCUCCAACGCCAGCUCACCCGCCUCGCCGGGCCCCAUGUCUCCCAUGGGUGCGAGCCCCGACGACCUCGUCCCGCGCAUGCCCUCGGGCAUGGUCCGCCCCGGUCCCGUCAAGCAUAUCAACUCAGCCCCGGCUGUAACGCGGCCGUCCCUCAUGGAUCGCCGCGGCGCCGGACUCAAGCUCUCCGAUAUGAGCGCUGGCGGCGGUUCGUCUGCCAGCCCCGCACCCAGCAUGCGACGCGCUGGCGCCCCAAAGCUGUCCGACAUGGGCGGCUGUGCUCCCAGCAGCACGGGCUCAAGCACAUCCACCCCUGGCUCGAAGCUUGAUGACUUUAAGAAGUAUAUCGAUGCAGAAAAGGGGUGGAUCACCUUUGAUGGCGCGGCAACGAUUACCAAGUCUGGCGUCAACUUUGCUAAUGGACAGACGUUCAAAAUCUCGCUGGACGAGGUCGAAAGCGUAGGUGAGCUCGGAAAGGGCAACUACGGCACCGUCUACAAGGUUCGGCACACCAAGCGCAAGGCUCCACGCUUUGGACAAGGCCUGUCGGGUUUCAAGGCCCACCAGGCCCGCGAUGAAGAGGCUGCCAACGAUGAGUCCGGCGACGGCACUCCGGGCAAGCUUAUGGCCAUGAAGGAGAUUCGGCUGGAGCUGGACGACGCCAAGUUUACGACGAUCCUCAAAGAGCUUGUGAUUCUUCACGAGUGUGUGUCACCAUAUAUUAUCGACUUUUACGGUGCUUUUUACCAAGAAGGCGCCGUCUACAUGUGCAUCGAGUACAUGGACGGCGGCUCCAUCGACAAGCUGUAUCGCGGCGGCAUUCCCGAGGGUGUUUUGCGCAAAAUUACAAAUGCGUCGGUCCAUGGGCUCAAGUCCCUCAAGGACGACCACAACAUUAUCCACCGCGAUGUCAAGCCUACCAACAUCCUCGUCAACACGCGCGGGCAGGUCAAAAUUUGCGACUUUGGCGUUAGCGGCAAUCUGGUGGCGAGCAUAGCCAAAACCAACAUUGGCUGUCAGAGCUACAUGGCGCCAGAGCGGAUAUCGGGCGGCGCGCUGGCGCAGUCGGGCAACCCGGAUGGGUCGUACAGCGUGCAGAGCGACGUGUGGAGUCUUGGACUCACGAUAAUCGAAUGUGCCAUGGGGCGCUAUCCUUAUCCGCCCGAGGUUUCGUCGACGAUUUUUGGACAGUUAAACGCUAUUGUCGACGGCGAGCCGCCCACGCUUCCCGGAGAGGGCUACUCGGACACGGCGCACGACUUUGUCAAGGGCUGCACCAACAAGGUGCCGCUAAAGCGGCCGACGUACGCGGCCAUGCUCAAGCACCCAUGGCUCUCCUCGCUAUCCAAACCUGUCACGAUAGCAGAGGAGGCCGAGGAGGGUGAGGAGGCGGAGCAGGUGGCGGCGCAGGUCGGGCAGAUGACGCUCAGCUCGGGCACGGACGACGACGAGGUUGCAGAAUGGGUUCGGGGCGAGCUGCUGCGCAGGGCGACGGGGCAAGACGCCGCCGGCAAUGACAAGACGCCGACGUCGCCGGCGCAAGGACGGCCGGCGCUGCACGCGGUACCGCUGACCAGCGUGAGUCCGCUGGGAAGCCCUGCGGCGAGCGAGUAA